UCUUUUUCACAUCUCUAUUACAGGUUCUGUAUCUUCUUGUCACUUGUACCAAAUGUAAAAGGUUGUGGCCCAGCAGAGUACCAGAGUGAUGCUGGAGAAUGUUGUCCUAUGUGUGGGAAAGGUUGGGUUGUUCAAAAAGACUGCACAUCCAACAACAUCACAAGAUGCAUUCAGUGUGUUCCGGACACACAUAUGAAUAGGCCCAAUGGCCUCAGAAAAUGCUUUCCAUGCAAGGCUUGUGAUCCGGGAAAAGGGCUUCGUAUUCUUCAAAAUUGUACCAGUGUUACUGACACUGUCUGCGGUGUCAUUGAUGGAUUUUAUUGUCAAGAGGAAUCAGAGAAUGGAGAGUGUAGUUUUGCGGUCAAACACAGUUCGUGUCACCCAGGACAGAGGAUUAAAACACUAGGAACAGAGAAAGCAAACACAGUGUGUGAAGACUGUCCACAUGGUCAGUAUUCUAAGUAUGGUGUCAACUGCACAGAAUGGACAGAGUAAGUCAUCUUGCCAUGGGUGUUUCUUGUAUUUUCAUUGUUCACUGUUUCUGGGGAAUUCACAAACCAAUACAAAUAUUUGUGUUGGAAUUAAU